AUGGUAAAUCAGGGUCUGAUGUAUCCUCAAGGGUAUCCUCAGUUUUCUUCUCCUCUAGUCCUCACUCAGGAAGCUUCUCAGGGUGUUCAACUUCCUAGUCAUCAAGUUAAACCUCAGCUUUCCAAUGAUAUUGUUGUUGGUUCAGAAUAUCGAUUACUAGAUGAAAAGAUCAGAGAUAUUAAAGGUUUCUCUGCUUAUGGUAUGGAUGCUAAGGACUUGUGCCUAGUCCCCCAUGUGGUGUUUCCUCCUAUGUUUAAAGCACCAGACCUACCAAAAUAUAAGGGUUUAAGUUGUCCAAGAAGUCAUGUCAUCAUGUACUAUAGGAAGAUGGCAUCCUACAUUGACAAUGAUGAUCUUCUUAUCCAUUGCUUCCAAGACAGCUUAUUUGGGGCAUUCUUAGACUGGCAUAUAGGCCUGGAACACAGUAAAAUCAGAUCUUGGAAGGACUUGUCUGAAGCCUUUCUCAAGCAAUACAAAUAUAAACUGGACAUGGAUCCCACCAGGUUACAACUGCAAAAUCAAGCCUACAAGCGCAAUGAAACAUUCAAGGAAUACACUCAGAGAUGGCGUGAGAUGGCUUCUAGAGUUAAACCUGCACUGACAGAUGCUGAAUUAGUUGAUACAUUCAUGGGCAUACUCCAAGGUUUGUACUAUGAGAAGAUGGUUGGUAGCUCAUCAUCCAACUUCACAGAUAUGGUGACCAUUGGAGAACGCAUUGAAAAUGGGCUGAAAAUUGGGAAGAUUGCUAGUAUUGAUAGCCAGACAGUGGCCAAGAAAUCUCAGGGUUUUUCUAGGAAGAAAGAGGCUGAGGCAAAUGUUCAACUUGUCUAUCAACCUCAGUAUCAGCAGCCUCCACAGACUCCAGCUCUGCAGAAUCAGCAAAACAACAGAAACCAGAAUCAAGGUCAACAUAGACGGUUUGAUAAGAAGCGUCCUCGGCAUGACCAGAUCCUUGUAUCAUACACUCAGUUGUUGCCGUAUCUUGUCCAGCAAGGGCCAAUUAUGCCAAAGGAGAUUCCGCCUGCAAUGCCUCCCUACAAUAACAAGCAUAACCCUAAUGUGUCUUAUGCAUUCCAUGUCGGAUACAUAAGGCAUUCUACAGAGGAUUGUUUGGUUCUCAAGGCCAGAGUACAAGAGUUGAUUGAUCAGAAGGUUUUGUCUUUCUCUGAGGUAGGACCUAAUGUCAUAACCAACCCGCUGCCAAAUCACUGUGGCUAG